AGCUUUCCCAGAAGAGAUUGUUGCCACAUUAAAAGUCAGAGUCAGUUGGUGUACUGUAAUGUUAGAAGUACGAAGCGUAACUUCUGUGGAUCCACGCCUACCUCGGAAUGCACAGAAGUGUCGAAUCAACGUCAAAAGAAAAUGUAUCAGAAUACAAGAAUGGGUCAGUCAGAGAGCGGACAUGUUGCUUCGAGAGACUUUGAAACCAGAUCAGACGCAUGUUCAGGUCAGCAGUCAGCUGUUCCUCUGGCUGUGGCUGAGGAGAUCUUACUGAACCUGCCUGCACAUCAGGUGGUCCAAGUCUGUCGGUUGGUGUGUCAUGAGUGGAAGGAGCUGGUGGACAGUGCUGCACACUGGAGAGAGCGCUGUCGGACAGAGGGGUUCCAGCCGUAUGAUGCUUCCUGCCCCCCAGAGGACUGGCGCCUGUUUUACUUUCUAUCUAAGUUUAGACGUAACCUGCUCAAGAAUCCCAGAGCUGAUGAUGGACUUCAAGGAUGGGAGAUUGGUCAGAAUGGAGCUGACCGCUGGGCGACAGAAAGGAACAGUAAACUGUUUCCAGACAACACAGUCACCAAAUGUUUUGUAACAUCUCAUAGUCAAUGUUUUAAGGAGCAGCUGAUUGAUUUGAAGAAAGAAGGCUACAGUGAUGCUUUCAUGGAUCAACAGCGACCUCAUAUCAAAAUAUCAGACUGGUAUACCCCACUCUCUGAUUAUGGAAGUCAGUAUCGGUUGUCUGUAGAGUUGCUUGAUCAGGAGAAGAAAUCCAUUGGUUUCUAUCAUCCUUAUAAAAUUUUCUUUCAACAGGGGAAUGAUUAUCCAUGGUGUCAAAUUACCUACAUUUUUAGGAAUUAUAGACCUGGGGUUCGGUUUAUCCAUUUCACUCAUGGAGGGAUGGGAUGGUCUGGAAUACGGGUUACUAACAGUAGUGUGGAAAUCUGUCCAGCUGCAGAAAGGUUGCAAUGCACAAAAUCUAACUUGCUCAAGAAUCCCAGCGCACAAGAUGGACUUCGAGGAUGGAAGAUUGUAUGUAGUGGAGGUGACUGCUGGGUGAUAGGAGAAAAUAGGAAACCAAUUCCAGACUCGGUCACCAGAUCUUUUGCAACAUCUUAUGGGCUAUGUUUGAAGCAACAGCUGAUUGAUUUAAACAAAGAAGGCUACAGUGAUACUUUCAUGGAUCAAGUGCAACCUCAUAUCAAAAUAUCAGACUGGUAUGCCCCAUGCUUUGACUGUGGAAGUGAGUAUCAGAUCUGUGUACAGUUGCUUGAUCAGAAGAAAAACCCCAUCAAAACCUUUCAGCCUGAGAAAGUUAUAUUUUCAUUUAGGAACAGUCAGCCGUGGUGUGAAACGAGCCACGUCUUUAAGAAUUAUGGACCUGGGGUUCGUUUUAUCCGUUUCACUCAUGGUGGAAACGAUACACAGUACUGGGCGGGUCAUUAUGGAAUACGGGUCACUAACAGUAAUGUGGUGAUCUAUCCAGCUGAUGAGAGUUUCAGUCUCACAAAUCGUAACUUGCUCAAGAAUCCCAUCGCACGAGAGGGACUUAAAGGAUGGGAGAUUGUAGCAAAUGGAGGUGACCGCUGGGCGACUGAAGGAAAUAAGACAACAUUUCCGGUCACCAAAUGUUUUGUGACGUCUUGUGGUCUGUGUUUGAAGGAGCAGCUGAUUGAUUUGAAGAAAGAAGGCUACAGUGAUGCUUUAAUGGAUCAGCAGCAACCUCAUAUCAAAAUAUCAGACUGGUAUACCACACUCUCUGAUUGUGGAAGUGAGUAUCAGAUCUGUGUGGAGUUGCUUGAUGAGAAGAGGAAACCCAUCAGUACCUUUCAGCCUGAGAAAGUUUUCUUUCAAAAGGGGACAAUUUAUCCAUGGCGUCAAAUGUUCCACGUCUUUAGGAAUUAUGGACCUGGAGUUCGGUUUAUCCGUUUCACUCACGGUGGGAAGGAUACAAAAUUUCAGAAAGGCCAACAUGGAAUACAGGUCACUAAUAGUAGUGUGGAGAUCUAUUUAAUUGAUUAGACAGAGUGUUUUCUCAAUUAGAGCUACAAAAGUGACCUUCAAAUGAUGAACUGUAGUGAUGCAAUAUGCUUUAAGGAUAUUCCAGCGUUACAUAGCUCUAUAGCAAAUAUAUUCUUUUCCAUUAAACAGAAGAAUGAGCUUUAUUGCCAGGUAUGUUUACACAUACGAGGAGGAAUUUGUUUUCGUAAACAUUGUAUGUUAUACUGUUAAAAUGAAGGACCUUAGUUGCCAUAGACAUGUACUGCUCAUCAUAUAAUCAAGUACAAUAAACAUCUCAAAGUUA